ACUCUGGUACCAACUACCAGAGUACCAGACGUACGCAGUUAGAUCCCUAUGUGAGACCAGCUGUUUUCUAUGCUCGGGAGCCUCGACAGUUGUUGCCCGGUGACUCUUACGGAGAGUUCGCUUCUCUCGCAGUUGCUGCCACUGAAGACCAGGCCUUGUGUCCAGAAAGCUCCGUCGAACUUCACUGAAAAAUCCUCUCCACCCUGGGCUGCUCUUAGGUUAUCGUCAAGAUGGACAAUUUGAAAGCGACUCUGGGCACAAACGAAUUCGCCGAAUCGAAGGCUAAUCUUUGCCGGGCGCUGGUCGCAGAAUUCCUCGGAACCAUGCUGCUAAAUUUCUUCGGCUGUGGCUCUGUCGCCACCAACAACAUCGUUGCCAUAAGUCUAGCCUUUGGCCUAACCGUGGCCGCCGCGAUUCAAGGAAUAGGACACGUUUCUGGCGGCCAUGUCAAUCCUGCUGUGACGUUCGGUUUAAUGGCUAUAGGCAAGAUAUCUAUAAUCAGGGGAUUAUUAUAUGUCUUGGUCCAAAGCAUAGGUGCUAUCGCAGGAUCCGGUGCAAUAAGGGCCCUCUCUCCCGAUACAAUGGAGAACGCUUUGGGUGUAGUAAGACUCUCCAAAGGAGUUACAUCUGUGCAAGGUUUUGGCAUCGAAUUCUUUCUGGCGUUUAUAUUGGUUCUCGUCGUAUGCGGUGCAUGCGACGCAGCUAAGCCACAUAGCCAAGGAAUUGCACCUCUCGUGAUUGGACUUGCGGUUACUGUUGGCCAUCUCGUUGGUGUGCCGAGAACUGGCGCAGGAAUGAAUCCAGCACGAUCAUUAGGUAGCGCUGUUGUAAUGAAUGCGUUCGAUAAUCACUGGGUUUACUGGAUCGGACCGAUUUUGGGCGGAAUGGCGGGUGGAUUAGUUUAUGCACACGCGAUUGGUCCCGCAAAGGAGCCAGAAGGAUACGCGUCAGUGGCGAGGGGAGAGAAGGAGCAGUUCGAGUACAUAGACAGCGGACGGGGUGGACUUUAAGAAAUGAAGAUACAAAGAAAGAUUCGAAGACGGGAAUGCAAUUUCUUGUACAAUUCAUACAAUGAGUAAUCGAACAAUCGAAAAUAUGCGAAGUGUUAUUUUUACAGCUGGAGAGCCUUACCACUAAGAAGGACGUCAACCCUGCAUAAACUGCCCGGCGUUCUUCGUCAUCCUGUUUAAAAUACUGUCAAAUCAUUUCUUGCAUUCAAGUCGAAUAUAUGUAUAUGAUGUUCAUGAAAUCGAAAACUCUUGAACUGUUUUUGUUUUCAUAAGCAGAAAUAAGCAGAAAAAGAACUAGUGGAGUUAUAUACAGUUUCAUUAUUUGUGAUAGAAAAAUAGUUUACAAACGAUUGAACAUUCUUAACAUAAACAGAAAAGAAUUUUGUACGUAUUUCAUAGAAUUUUAUACACUGAUUUCACCUGCAUACAUUAAAUAAAAACAUGUAUUAUUUAUGAAAGGUCUGAGACUAUGUUUUGUAUUAUAAAUAUUAUGGUUUAUUUGAUGAUUGGAAGAUACAGAAGGCCAAAGAUGAAUUGUCGAAGUAAAAUUGUGUGGUUUCGACAUCACGUGUUGUGUUUAUCGAAGUUGCUGAUAAUGUCACAUUUCCAGUAUCAGAUUUCCAUGUUGCAAUAAAAUGUGUACUUUUAAAAGUAAUCCUCAACAGUUAUAUAUCGUAUUAUUAUAAAAUUGUAUUGCUUUAGCCACCGCUAUAUGUCGACCUAUUGCAAGUUAAAAUUCAAGAAUCAUUUUAUUAUACUACCUACCAUGCGAUAAAAAUGUAACAUCAGCUAUUUAACUUUCAAUUGCGACAGCUUGCUUUCAGCAUUUAAUAGUUUUUUACAUCCUUGUUGGUGGAUUGCUGAUAUAACCAUUCAAUACCGUUGUUUUGUAUCUCUUGUAUUUAUAAAUCCAUAUACUACAUUUUAUUUUUAUAUAUUGUACAUCCAAAUACGGCGAAAAUAAUAUUAUCACAUACGCUAUUAUGUUUAUAUAAUAUUAUAAUAAUAUUAUAUAAAAUAAAAGAAUAAUAUAUUGCAAGUAAAACGUGUAUUUGAAUGUGUGCUAUAUCCUGUAAUAUGAAAUAAAAUGUAAAUGUUCUAUGCGAGAGUACACUGGCAAAGUAAAUCAUUUGUACCAUGUUAGAUGUGCGGAAGAGGUCGUCCUGGAAAAUAAACAACACUCGAUUUUACAUUUA